AUGACUUCUAUCGUUUCCAUGGGCAUCCCGCAAACGGAAAGCAUGUUUUAUAGGAUUCAAAGAAGCUGUAGCUUUGAUAUCUACAAGACAAAUUACCGAAAUCUCUCAACCGAGUCUACCAGAAUGACUAAAAUUGUACAUCAUGCUGGUUUUAGAGAGUCUCACAGUUUAAAAAACCAGUGUUUGGAGCUUAAAGAAUUAUCUUUUCGAGUGGAAAAUAAUUAG